CAUGGAUCUGGCGGAUCUCUCUGUACUCGCGAGAUGUAUGAUCUUUGCAAGCUUCUAUGCCGAGAAAUUUGACAGGUACAGUUAGAAAAAAUUGUCGAUAGAAAAGCAUGAAGAGAGUAAUAUUGUUCAAAAACGGAACAGAUGUAGACGGAAAGGUCUUUUUAGUGACACAUUCGCUGGACGAACUGCUGACAGCAGCGAGUCAAAAAUUUGGAUUUACAGCUAAACGAUUGUUCACAUCUCAGGGUGGCGAAAUUGAUGAUCUUAAGCUUAUUAGAGAUGAUGAUAUAUUAUACGUUUCUGAAGAGGAAGGUUUUAUUCCUGUGAAACCAGCCACUACUUCAGCAACAAGUCAGGUCGUUCCUGUUAGUUCUGGAACUGAAACGCCGUCAUGCAGCAAGUCAAACACAGAGUGGGUGACAUUAAAUGUAGGUGGAAAAUACUUCACCACGUCAAGGAGCACAUUGGUAACAAAGGAACCCAUGAGCAUGCUAGCAAGAAUGUUUGCAGAGGGGGACAAUGGAUUUUUAAUGACUCCUAGCAAUGUUGACAAAAAUGGUGCUUAUCUUAUUGAUAGAAGUCCAACAUACUUUGAACCACUUCUCAACUACCUGCGAAAUGGACAACUAAUUUUUGAUAAUAAUGUGAAUCCAGAAGGAAUAUUGGAGGAGGCACGCUUCUUUGGCAUUGAAUCAUUGAUUCCUCAGUUGGAAUCAUUAAUACAAGCUGGUCAACGUUCUAGAGAUAAUGCUCCUCUUACCCGGCGUGAUGUUGUUAAUGCCAUCAUUGUCACACCAUUCACCGCUGAACUGCGUUUCCAGGGGGUUAAUUUAGCUGGUGCAGACUUAUCCCGCUUAGAUUUACGCUACAUCAAUUUCAAGUAUGCAUGCCUCCAUGGUUGUCGGAUGCUGGGUGCAAAUUUGAGCUGGUGUAGCAUGGAGAGGGCAGACCUCAGCCAUGCUCAGUUAGAUGGUGCUCAGUUGCUUGGUGUCAAAAUGCUGUGUGCCCAUUUGGAGGGAGCAAGUCUUCGUGGAUGUAAUUUUGAGGACCCUGCUGGAAGCAGAGCCAACAUGGAGGGAGUCAAUCUAAAAGGAGCCAUCCUAGAGGGUAGUAAUAUGGCUGGUGUAAACCUGAGAGUGGCCACCUUAAAAAAUGCCAAUUUACAAAACUGUGACUUACGAGCUGCUGUGCUUGCUGGAGCUGAUCUAGAGAACUGUGACCUCUCUGGAAGUGAUCUCCAUGAAGCUAAUUUGCGGGGAGCAAAUUUGAAGGAUGCAGCCUUUGAGCUUAUGUUAACACCAUUACAUAUGUCACAAACUAUACGCUAGAGCAUCACUGUGCUGCUAUUGUAGUGGAAAAAUAUUAACGUGUAACAGUGGAAACAAGUGUGCAGUCAGUUGUAUAAUAUGAUUACUUUUUCAGAGGCAUGAGCAUCUUUGUUAAGUUUUUUUUGGUAUAAUUGUAUAUUUGUUGAAAGAUGUUAAUAGAUGGUGUGUAUUUACUUUUGAAAUUGCAACCUUUGUACAGCAGAAACAUUUUAAUGUUAUCACUGGAGAUAUUUAUUUGUAAAUAUUUUAAUAUUUAGUGGCCUCAGAGUGAAAGAAAAUUGUACAGUGUAACUGUAAUGCAGAGUAUGCAUUAUGAAGGAAGUGUCACCAAAUUUUGUUACCAUUUUUACAACUAGCUGCAAAUGCAUUAUUAAAUAGUACAAGCUGAUAUAUAAUAUUAUUUUUAGAGUCUGAAUAUACAAGGAAUUUGAUUUCUUGUUAUAUACUGAAACAUGUGUUCAUAUAUCAUGCUAAUAAGAGCAUGAUCUCAUUAUGUAAGAAGCAUAUACAAAUAUGCAGUUACUUACAGUUAAUUCUUCCCUAUCUAAUGUGAUAGUUUUGCGGGUCUGAUUAUACUGGUGGCUGUGAAUAAGUGACACAAUUAUGGUAUCUUAAUAAUCCCCAGUCACUUAUUUUUAAUGCUGUCAUACUGAAUACUCCAGUUGUUUCUGUCUUCUGAAUAUGCUGUUUUGUAUAUGCUUUCUUAUAUAUGUUCAGUGCAAUAUAGUGUAUAUCUUACAGAAUCUGAUUUUUGUAUUUUGAUUAAAUUAUUAGUGUUUAAAAGCCAAAGCCAUCUAAAUAACUAUUGUAAUAACAGCUUAAAAGUAGGAAAAAUAUUGAAAGAUACUUCGUAGCAUAUCAGAAUCUUAUUAGGUAUGCAUGUGAAAUGAGUGUGAAUAUGCAUCCCUCAAUAGUUGACAUCCAGAUUCUGUUAACGAAAAUAGGACUUUGAAGACUAAUCUGAAAUCCCUGAUGUAAGAUUAAUGGCGCCUGCUUUUCAAAAAUGUCAAUAGAAAAUUCUGUGCAUAUGUUUUGUUGCAAAUAUAACAAUACUGAGAUUGUUCUUUCA